CUGUUGUGAUGGUUGUGAUUGGUGUUUGUAGGCUGAGAGACAAGACAAAGACCAAGUCAUGGGGAUGAGAGGCAAUCCCCCUCUUCCUCUUUGUUUCUCCCCAUCUCUUUCCUUCCCACAUUUAUGAUCAUACUCACAUCCCAUCUUCAUCAACUCUGAGCAUCAUGGUGAACACACGAGGCCAGAAGAGUAAAGCAAAGGUUGUCAGUUCCCUCCUCGCUCAUCUACCACCCUACUCACGUCUGGUCCUCAUAUAGAAACGGCGCAUUGCUCAGUCCCCAAAGGAUGAAGUUCCAUCUGAUCCACCCUCUGAGACAAAAGCAGUUGAUGGCAGUCAGUUGUCCAGAAAGCCCUCGGUACACCUGACCGCUGAAGAGUACGAAACCUAUAAGAGCCAUUGCAACCGCAUGUCAAUCAGUCGAGUCGGAUACAAUCCCCAUCCAGAUAUGGUCACCCGCAACUAUGGUCAACUCAGCAGUGACAUAAAAAACUGGACGGACAGAUACGUCUGCGAAGAAAUGCCGUCUCUUUCCGAGGAGCAGAAGCAAAAGAUCAUUGAAAGCCUUGAGACCUACUGCAUCCAAGAAUCUUGGGAUACAAUUCAGUCACUCCUCUCUCCUUUAUCCCGCGAACAUUUUCACCUGGGCUUGUGUGAAGCAAUGAUCAAUAAAUGGCUCUUCACUCAUUUUCUCGAUAGGACAUUCUGGUUCCUGGAUGGAAAACGUGAUGAAACCGAUGAGAUUGGGGAUCCGUUGUUCUCCGAGCGGCUCCAGUAUCUGUAUCAGAGAUACUAUCACGCAAGCCCAGUCAAUGCAGUCUGGUGGAAAAUGGUCACUCUCGGUCUUGCCAAUCUGAAGAAAGAUUCCACCCCCAAGUGCCCUCGUGACAACGAGUUUGGAGACGAGAAUCGAAAGCGACAGGCGGAUAUGGCAGAAAGUCUGGCGAACCAGCUUCUAUCAGACAGCUUGUUUCAGCUGUUCCUCAGCGAUCUGCCUGACGAGGAAGAAGAGACUAUGCGCCGCGAUUUCCUAAUCACCAUAUUCAAAUCCGGGGCGGAGCACCUCACCGCGCACGAGGUUACCCUAGGUGGACAGGUGAAGGUUCAUCAACUGCCCGAGUUGGAGAAGUUUGACCCCUCUACAGGGCUUAUGUUCUCGGGUCUCGUUCAUGGGCGUGAGCGGAAGGACACCCCGCCGGUCAUACCCAAGCCUCACGGCCGGGUCAUUCUCGUCCUAAGACCUGGGGUGUACCGUUACGAUCUGCCCAACAAAUUCGUGCCAUAUGAUCGUCACGUCAGUCUUGUUGAAUUACCGACUGAUGCUGACUCUUAUCUGCUUUGCAAGGCCGAGGUAGUGGUGGAAGCAGCUCAGGCCAGCCCAUCUGACGCAAACCAAGCCGACCCUAAUGAUCAAGAUGUUUGGUUUGCGCGCGAUUGCUACUAA